AUCUCCAGCCUACGAACGCGAAGGAAGACCAUUGUCCAGCGCAGACCUGGGAGGACCGUGGUUUGGGUCCCGUGCCUGAGGGUCCUGAAGCUGCUGCAGAGCCUGGUUUGGAUGUAUUGAUGGUUGAAGCAACUCCAAAAGGUUCUUCUGAUCCGCUGGAGAUCUCACCCUCUGCCUGCCUUGGGGAGGAAGGCGGCUCCCAGCAGCUUGAAGAGCUCAUAGGCGCAUCACAAGAGACGUUGAGGUUGGAGGAAAUGCAGAACCAAAGGACUUCCUGUCAGGGCAAAAAAUUGCCACACAAAGAGGAAGGGGAGUGUUUCUCCUCCGUUGGAGACUCUCGGGCACCGUUGGAAGAAAAUGAUAGCGAGAGUACUUCUUGUGAUGCUGCUGGCCUCCCCUCCUUGGGAAAUACCAACAAGGAAGCUGGAAUGACCUCCUCCAGUGCUACUUUGGAACAAGGGAACUUCUGUGAAGGACAUAAUCUCUUCCAGGAAGUGCAGCUGUCUGAAUCAAGAGUAACGGAAAAUACAUCCCCAACUUCCUGUGAGGGCAGCAAUGUAAGUAUGGGACAAGGUGAAUGCAAGAGUUGCACGGGGGCCAUAGAUGUUAAUGUGACAUCCCAACCGUAUAUGAAAAAUGGGGAAAUUGACAUGGAGCCUUCUGGGACAACAGUUAUGGAAGCGUUGCCAUCCUCUGUUGCAUCACAAACCAAUCCUGCUGCUUUCUUCCUUGGGGAUGGUGACCCUACUGUCACCUGUAAAGAUGAGAACGAGCCAACCUCAGUGCCAGAAGGUUCUGUAGAUGUGGUUGCUACUGCAGAUGUUAGUUCUCUUGACAAUGGAAGUAACAAAGAGACUGGAACAGAAAAUCACAUCAACAGUGGACCAAAAAACACUGUUACAAAACAAUCAGAGGAGAAGGAGAGGGAGAACAUUGCUCCAAACCCUGGAAUAGAACCAUUGCCCAAGAACCUUAUAGACACCUCUGGAUUUUCUCUGGAGCAUCCUUCUGCGAUGGAAGUGAAUGAUGGAGGGCAACCGAGAGAUGCAGAUAUGUCUGUCGAAAACACUGUUUUGGAUUUGAGCAGCAAAGAGCUGAAAGCUCCUCUAGAGGGCAGUGUGGAAAAGCCCGGGAAGAGCCCAACAUGCGUGCAGUCCCAGGCUGCCUGUGGUGGAACUGAAAUCCCAGAGACCUCAGCGAUAAAGCAGAGUGAGCAAAACGUAAUUGAUCUGACACCAGUAGAGACCGAAGGAAACGCCGAUCCUACCAUGGUUGGUCAGGGGUCUCUUGUUGCACACCAGGAUGAGAAACAGGAUUUGGGCGAAGACCGAGAGUUCAGUUCCUCUCUAGCGCACACAGAUCCAGGCGACGGCCCUGAAUCGCAUCCAGAUGUUCUCAACUCUUUUAUGCCGCCUUCCGAUCUCGAGAAGCCUCUUUGUGGACCGGCAGAGAUGAUAGGAAGCAAAGAGGAACCGGAUCAAUCUGACGAAAGCCUCCGAAAACGCAUCGCCCUGACAUCAGCCUUGCUUGUGGAGAAAGCGAUUCAGGAGGCUCAGUUGAUUGUUACGCAGAAGGACAAUGCUACAGCAGCCUCUGUUGGCCAGGAAGCUUCUUCACAGUUGGAGAGCCUUGCCCUAUCUUUGCAUGGUGAGGGCAGUCAGUGUAUUCAGGAGCAUUUAAUGGGCACACCCUCUGCUGCUUUUAAUCAAGACUCCAAACAAAACCAGGAAGUAGGAACAGCAAUAACAGCAGAGGCAGCAGCGGCAGCAGCAGCAGCAACAAAGCUGCUGACUGGAGCAGCUGAACAGGGAAGCCCGGCGCAAGGUGAGCUGGCAGCCACGUCUCUUGCUCUGGUGGAUGGCUGGGAAAAAGACAAGGAGCCCAGCUCUUCUCAGCUGCCUGAACGUGAGAAGGAACUGCUUGGCAAGGAGAGCUUCCCUCCAGGAGUCCUUGUGCAAUCGGCUUCUUGUGAUCUGGGGAGAGAGCAACCGGUGGAUGGAAGCCAUGUCGAGCCUGGCUUAAAGGAGGAAGCCUCCAGUCUGGAACCUGAGGAGCAAGUAAAGGUAGAGGCACUCGGGGAUGUUCCUCCAGAGCCUGGCUUGGCAAAGGGCGCUUCUCUUUGCAACAGGGGGACGCCUUCCCCUGAGGUCAUGCUGAACCCGGGACUUGAGCUUGGUCCAGCUGGGCAAGCAGCCUCUCCAGCUGGCAGCACAUUGGAUGUGAUGGAAGCUCCUCCGACGGUUCUUGAACUGGCCAUGGAAACUGGUCUUUCACAGGAGGAGGGGGGAGUGGAAAACACCCCUUCCCGAAUAUUGCUUCAGCCAAUUGCCGAAGAACUCCUUUGGGACUGCGAUUCUGGUCCCGAAAUGCCCUUGUUGGCUAGUGAGAUGGACGUUACGAAGCUGGGAGAGUCAGAGAAAGGGAGUAGGAGGACUAGCCAAGCUGAGCCAGAAUCCCUUCCCUCGCCUCUCUGCCUUCUUCCCGGGACUGAGCAGUUGGACAAAGUUGGAACGAAAGACUCUGCUCGGGAACCUGAUGGUCUGUUGGGUAACGCUGACCCGAUGAUGCCUGGUCAAGUGAUACUGCCGGCAGAAGCACAUGUCUCUUUGGAAUCUCUCGCUGGAAAUCCCGUGGAAGUCCCCUGCUCGGUGGAAGCCAGUUCCGAGGAGACUAGAUGUCUCCUUAGUGAAAUUCAAGAGGAGAUAAAUGUACAGCCUGAUAGCAAAAUGAACCCUGCAGCCCUGGAACUAACCAGCUCUUCACCUAUUGCAGACUCUCCGGAAAUGAAAGCUGAAGAAGAAAUGGAUUUUCAGACAGAUCUAGCUGAGAGCAUUACUUCUGAAGGAAGGGAAAAUGUUUGUGGGAACUUUAGUGCUUUGGUUUCUGCUCAGUCCAGUGAAAGACGGGUGGUGGCCUACAUGCCUGGAGAUAUUGUCAUUGGGGCUCUCUUCUCGGUCCACCAUCAGCCAACGGUUGACAAGGUCCACGAGAGAAAAUGCGGAGAGGUAAGAGAGCAAUAUGGGAUCCAGAGAGUCGAAGCAAUGCUUCACACCCUUGAUCGUAUUAAUCAGAACCAAACUCUGUUACCCAACAUAACCUUAGGUUGUGAGAUACGGGACUCGUGCUGGCAUUCAGCCGUGGCUCUCGAACAGAGUAUCGAGUUCAUCCGCGACUCUCUCAUCUCGGCCGAAGAAGAGGAAGGGCUGAUGAAGUGUGUCGAUGGGUCUACAUCUCAGUACCACUCGAAGAAGCCCAUUGUUGGUGUGAUUGGUCCCGGGUCCAGUUCCGUGGCAAUCCAGGUCCAGAAUCUGUUGCAGCUUUUCAACAUACCUCAGAUCGCCUACUCCGCCACAAGCAUGGACUUAAGCGACAAGACUUUGUUCAAGUACUUCAUGCGAGUGGUACCUUCGGACGCACAACAGGCCCGUGCGAUGGUGGACAUUGUCAAGAGGUACAACUGGACGUACGUGUCUGCAGUGCACACAGAAG